AUGUCGCAGUUGUCGCAGCGCUUCGUCAUACCGCAUUCGCACACCGUGCCACUUCCGCCGCCGUCUCCUGUGGGCGCGCGGAGGGCGCUGCGGAAGGCAUUUAGCCACAACGACGAGAAGAACGUCCGCGCGAUCGGCGGAAACGGUCGGCGCAACUCCCGCUUGGCGCAGGCGAAGGCGGGUGGCGCAACUCCCGCGCAUGCGAGCGGGUUUCACUGCUACGCGGUAGAGGAGUCCCCGCGCAUCCCCGCGCAUAGCUGCGCGGAAGGGCCCGCGGAAGAUCUCGCGGAAGGGCCCGCAGAAGGUCUUGCGGAAGUGUCCGCGCACAGAGGCUCGUGGGUUGAUCGCAACGAUGCUGGAGACGAUAACGCUACUUCGCGUGGCGGUUCCGCCCAUCCCGUGCCGGCCGAUGCGGUACCCGGCGCAGCGGCGCAGAUCAACUCCGGAAUGGCGCAAACUCACCCCGCAGCGCGUUUCUCGCCACGCACGAUUCGCGAGACGACCGCGUCUAUAAGCGGACGAUCGCGCAGCUCGUCGGAUCUGCAGCGCGCCGCCAAUACCUCCGCGCUUCUCCCGCCGUUUCCCGCUUCCCCGUCCGCCGGUUCCCCAUCUGCCGCUUCCUCGUCCACCGCUUCCCCGUCCGCCGCUUCCCCUUACCCUGCAUUCCCAACCUCUCUCUCCACCCCCUCUGCGCACCCCUCACUCGCUCUCGUCUCCCCUUCUUCCUCCUCUUCCGCCGGCCCCUCCCCUUCUUCCGCUUCCUCCUCCCCUUCAUUUUCCGCCUUCCCGCGACCUUCCGCGCUCGCAUGUCGUACGGACUUGGAAGGGGGGGAAGGGGGGAAGGAGGAGGAGGAGGAGGAGAAGGAGGAGGAGGAGGAGGAGGAGGAGGAGGAGGAGGAGGAGGAGGAGGAGGAGGAGGAGGAGGAGGAGGAGGAGGAGGAGGAGGAGGAGGAGGAGGAGGAGGAGGAGGAGGCGGCGGCGGAGGGGAAGGAGGGGGAGGGCCUGACACCCCAGCAGCUCUGCGGGAUAGCCGAAGCUGCUAGUCUGGUUCGGCAGGUGGUGAAGCUCGGGUUCCUGCUGCCGUAUCCCAAAGCCGACAACGUCAUCCCCGUGCGCCUUGCAGACGAAUGGAUCGCAGCAUCACGAGUGGCUCUGGAGGUGCUCGGCCCCAAAUACUCGGACGCCUUUGAUGUGGCUCCGCACAUUGCCAACUCCAACUGUGACCGGCAGGAGGCCAAGGAGGCUGCGCAGCUCCUACUCAGGGAUGGAGUGGUGGGAGUGGUGGGCCCGGCAUGCACGGAGGCAGCGUUGGGAGCAGCAGACGUUCUCGUGCCUGCUGGCGUUCCCAUCGUCUCAUUCGCUGCCACUUGGGAUGGGUUCAGAGACCGGGAGAGAUUCGGCAGCUUCUUCCGCACUGUCUUCGGUGACAGGCACCAGGCAGCAGCCAUGCGCUCCCUGCUUCAGGAGUUCGUGUUUGAUCGAGUCAUUCUGUUCUUCACAGAGGAUACGUACGGAUCAGCACUAGGCUAUGAUAUCGAGUACUUCGCGCGCAGUGACAAUCUGACAGUCCACAGCAUACCCGUUCCGGUGCCCUGCCUCAACUACUCCUCCCUCCUCCUCAACCUCUCCGACCCAAACCCUUCCAAGCCGCUCAUUCAAUCCGAUGACUCCACAGUGGUGGUCCUAGCGGUCUCACCCAACGCAGCUGAGGGCUUUUGGCGCGCUGCACUAGACCUGGGUCGAUUGGAAUAUCCUUGGUGGUAUUUUGGCACGGAUGGAGCAGUGGCAUUCGACCUGGUGGGGGAAGGCCAGAACCUGACAGCCUUAGCGUCAGCACUGCAAGGGGAGAUGGGGGUCGCCCCUUACAAGGGAGACUACUCGGGCUCCUCCCCCAUAUGGGAAUACAUAAUGCACUGGCGGACCAAGCGCCAUGACAUUUACCCUGGCUUGCUCACUCUCGACGUCGGGCCCUCCCUCCCGCGCUUCAACUCCACCCGCCAAUACGUGCCGUACCUCUUUGACGCCGUUCACGCCUUCUUUGAAGCUUUCAGGAGCAUUAUUGCCAACCAGAACACAGCACCCACUAAGGAGCUUGUGCUGGCGUGCUUUAAAGGCGUGCCGCAAGGAUGCAUCAACUUCACGGGAACCACAGGGCAGGUAUCCUUCAACCCAGCUACAGGCGAGCGCUUGAAAUCUGUGGCCCCACCGACCUACAGCAUUGUAAAUCUUGAGGGCGUGAUGUGGCAGGAGAAGGCCCGCUGGGAGGAGCGGCACGUGGAGCGCUUCACUCUCGACCUCACUCAAAUCUCCCGCCCGGGUCCUCUGCCCGGUGCUGCUGCUGGUGCUGGUGCUGGUGGUGGCGGUGGCAGUGGUGGUGGCGGUGGUGGUGCUGGCAAUGGCAGUGCAGCAGGGGUGAAAGAGGCAGGUGACUACUCAGCUCCUGCUGCGUUUGAUGCCUUGAAUCAGGUCAGUGGGGAGAUCGGGGACUUUGGAGUGAAGAGCCAAGCUGAGGCGGCAGGCGAUAGCAGCAGCAGUGGUAGCGGCAGUGGUAGCGGCAGUGGUAGCGGCAGCAGCAGCAGUGGUGGUGGUGCUACUGGCGGCAGCAACAGUGACACGGGCCCUUCAACUGGUUCCUCGAUGCCUGGUUAUACCAUCGCUCUGCUUGUUCUCCUUUCUCUCAUGCUCCUGUGCCUUGUAACGUACCUGGCUUGUAUGGGGUACAGCAGUUGGAGGAGCAGGGAGGAGGAGGGGGACGGGCAGCAGCAGCUGUAUGGGGGAUCAUCUGGAGGUGAUGUGUAUUUGGCAGGCUUUAAGGGAGGAGAGGUGGGGGGAGAGGAGUAUGUGCGGAGGUAUAAUGGAGAUGGGGAGUGGAUAGGUGGGGGGAGUUGGGCCGGGGGAUUUGGGUUAGGGAGUGGGUUCGGAAGUGGGUUUGGCUUUGGGGGUGGGGGUGGGGGUGGGGGUGGGGGUGGGGGGAUUGGUGGGGAUGAGGAGUUGGUUCUGGGUGAAGGGAAGGUGGACGGAAGUGGGAGGAAGGGAGGAGAUGGAGGGGAUGGAAUGGUAGAUGCUAGCAUGGACGAUGUGGAUACUGCUGCUGCUGACGAGGGUCAUCAUAAGCAAUUUACCAUGGCUGCUCUCGCGUCGGUCUCUGCUGCUGCUCUCUCGAGCUCGUUCGUCCAGACUUCUUCGCUGAAGUUGUCUGCGAAGCCCGUCAAUGUUCGCAGCACCCGUGCUGUCCGCAUCGUGGCUAUGGCCCAGCCUGAUCUGAAGAAGGAGAUUCAGGAAAAGAUCGCUGCUGCUCAAGAAACCUGCUCCGAUCCGAACUCCACCGCUGAGUGCGCUGCUGCGUGGGAUGAGGUGGAGGAGAUCUCAGCUGCCGCUGCUGAUCAGGCUUUGAAGCAGAAGGCAGCAGAUUACGAGGACCCCCUUGAGAAGUACUGCAACGAGAAUCCCUCUGAGGAUGAGUGCAGGAUCUACUCUGACUGA